CUUCGAACGUUUUUCUCCAGGAUGAUGCAGGCGCUCACCCGCUGCGUAGAUCUCCGCUGUCCCGGCGUCGCGCGGCGGCUUUCAACUCUGGCUUCUACGCGCCCUGCAGCUCCUACUGCUUACGAUGAGUCCGCAGCAAGCAAGGCGGCCUCACCCCUCCCUGCAUUCCACCCUGCAAGGCCCCCUGCAAGGCCAGCCGACUCAUCCAUGACGGUUGAAUCCCUUCUCAAGGCGUCCGAGCUCAUCCCUCACACACCCUCUUCACCCUCCCAGAUGUCGCUCAUCCAGCAGGCAUCGGCUCUUCUCAGGCAGAACCAGUUCGCCGCAGAGAAGCUGGUGCGCUUCCUGCACCAUCUGUCGUCUCAGCGUGCCAGGACUCCGCAAGAGACCCGCGCCUUCUUUGUGGCUGCUGGCGACUGGCUGGCCGAUGGGCGAGUGGACGACCUGAAGAGUCUGGAGAUGGUGCGCGUGUUGGUUGCUUAUGGGAAGGUGCGGGUGCGGCAUCGGCUGGUGAUGGGCCAGCUGGGGGAGAGGCUGACCAGACUGGUGCCCAUAUUCGACCGGCCAGUGCACCUCGGUACGCAGGCAGGCACAUUGAGCCGUUCAUCUUUUCAAUCAUUUGUGUGCUUUGCUGUCUUCCCUGGUUUCCAGCCAACAUCGCGGGGACUUUCUCCACUCUGCGGCUCCCCUCCCCGGCUCUCUUCCACGCCAUCGCUCAGCGGCUCCCGCACUUCCAGCCGACAGCCUUCGAGCCAGUGGACAUCUCAGAGCUCCUGCAGGCCUUCACACGACUGCACACCAACCCCCAGAUCAGCCAUUCGGCCACCGUGAUGGACCACCUGGCCGAUGUGGUCAGGGACAGGCGCGAUUCCCUGGCUGGCGACCAGAUUGCCCUGGUGAUCAACGCGUACGCGGCUGUUGGAGGGCGGAAGGAUAUCGUGAGGGACAUGCAAGGGACUGUGGUGAAGCGAUUGGGCGGGGAUGGGCCUAGUGAGAGAGGGAGGGAGGGGGGAAGGCGGGCGUCGCGAUUCUUCACCACAGCCAACCUGGCGCUGAUCCUCAACUCAUCUGCGAAAGCGGCCCCGCCAGACCCCUCACAUGAAGUGAGAGAGAGGCAGGCAGCCAGGGGGCUGUGCUGUGCUGAUCUGUGUCGAUCCUAUUGGUGCGUGCCUGUCAGUUCCUCGCAUCCGUGGCCGGUGCGCUGAAGGGCUAUGCCGCCGAGGACUUCAACGCGCAGUCCAUCGCACUCACGUGAGGCUAAUUAGCUAGGAUGUUCCCAGAGCUGCCAAUUGGAGUUUGCCUCUGUGUUCUUGUGUCAGAUGUCAUGCGCUGUCGAAGCUCCGCUUCUACCCUGCCGACCUCAUAAGCUAUCUCUGUGACAUGGUGAUCUUGCCCAGCGACCCCCGGCCGUCUCGCCCGUCAGCCAAAUGGGGCCCUGUCCGGUCAUUCCCGGCAUCAUCGUUUCCCCACCACCAAAGAGAAGAGGCCACAUCACCCACCACGAGGGACCCGCUUCUGCAGAGCUUCCCAUCGCAGGAGCUGUCCAACCUGGCCUGGGCCAUCGCAUCUUUCCCUCACCUCCACCAGCGGGUGAUGGACGGCGUCGUCACUUAUGUGGAGAGACACGCCGACAAGAUGCCUCCACUGCACCUGGUAGGGUAGGAGGGAUCGCAUGGACAAAUGCUGGCUCGUGUGGUGUGGUAUGCGUGUGUUUCUUUCCUGUGAUGCAUGUGCACAGGCGAUGACGGUGAGUGCGAUCGGUUUGUACAACAGCUUGGCUGCGGUAGAGCACCGGAGCACUGUCCCUGACACGUUUGCCGCCCGAUGCCUGGAGAACUUCCGAGCCCAACCAGACCAAUACGGUGGGCAACACAAUCCAGAUAAGAUACACACACAGACAAACAACCAACCAACCACAACAGCCCAGAAGAGGUCUGUUGCCGCUUGUGUGUGUUUCGUUCGCAAGACGGCCACACGGUUUCUCGCCUAAGUGCUGGCCUUCUCCGACUGGCCCUCGACCAUCCAUGCCCAUCCACUUUCCUGCCACCAGCGAGCCGUGGAGACCUGACCGAUAUGAUGCGCCACAUCGCUGCGUUGGAGGCCAGGCUGCCCCUGUGUGACUGCCGACUGGCGCACCUGUUCUUUGCGAGAUACGAGAGGUGCUUCGGGGCACUGCCAGUGGAUGGCCAUGGAGAUGACUGCGGUGCAGUGGCUGCGCGGAUUAGAGCCCGUGUGGAGGAGGGGAAGGACGAUUAGGUAGGGAGCCGUGAUGCAGUCAUAGUGCGUGAGUGAGAUGAGCUGUCGAAGCUCAUGGCCAAU